AUGGCUUCUGUGACAGCUUCAACUUCUUCUACAAAAGAAACAACUAACUAUGCUAGGCUAUGCCGUGUUAUUGUCGAUGUGGGCACUUGUGCCCUGAGGGAUUGCUUUGAUACCAUCCGUUCACCACCGACUCUUCACACGGUCUUGACAGCCAGUCAACCCACAUUGCAAUCUUUGAGAUCACGAAAGAUCAUCAAUGCCACACAAUGGGGAAAGCUUUUUCCUGCAGUCCCUGCGUCAGUAUCUUCAAGAGAUUUCGACAUCACUUUACUCAUGACUCUUUUCAGAAACAUAUGUGGUCUGGCUCCACCACUCACGGGAUGGGACGCCCUGCCUGCGGCCACGGACCUCAGCUGUGAAGCGGACAUUGCACGAAUCAAAUACUUUAGGAAUAGCAUUUAUGCUCAUGCCGAACACGUUUCUGUUGAUGAUGCAGCAUUCAAUAAAUACUGGAAGGAAAUCCGAGACACUCUAGUACGACUAGGAGGAGCUACAUACAAGGUAAAGUAAAUCCAUUACGAAAUACAAUAUCACAGUCUGAUGCAAUGAUUUAUAUGUUCCCCGUUCUAUUUUAAGGUCGCUAUUGACAACCUGGAAUUUUGCUGCAUGGAUCCUGAUAUGGAGCAACAUUACAAAGAACUCCUUCAUCAGUGGAAAAAUGAUGAAGAUAACAUAAAAGAUGAAUUGAAAGAAAUUGGCAUCGACGUAAAAGAAAUCGGUACCGAUGUAAAAGACCUAACAAAGAAGCUUGAUGACUUGGUGGCAUCAACUGGGUUUCCUGCGGGACAUUCAAGUGAUAAAGAUAGUGAGUAUGUAGAGACUGUGAAUGAAAAAUUUGUAACUGAACUUACGAUGAUGUAAACUGAAGCUGUGGUAUAAAACUAAAACCAGGUAUUAAAAACUAGUUUUUUUUUUCACUCAUCUCAGAAAGUGCGACCCACCCCUCGCCACCCCCAUAUGAAUAUGAAAAUGCAUUUCCCGCUCUCACAGCCAAUGAAUAGACAAGAAAUUGGUUCUUUCAACUCCUCCAUAAACCAAAAAGGAAAAAAGAAAGGCAAGGCUGAACAACAUUUCCAGUGCUAUGGGCCUACCCUACACCAAGCCUUGAGGGUUUUUUUUUAACCUUUGAACCAGAUAUAAACAUAACCUGAGCAAAAGCUUAAAACCUACCUUUAAGUGUUAUUGUGACGCAAGCCCAAGCGCCUUGAACUUAUCUGCCGCUCCUUUUCGGCUUAUAAUUACGACGCAAAAACUCAAGCAGAAGCUCAAGCUCGAGAAAAUUGAUCGAUUAUUAGUUUCUUGUUCUUCUGUUUAUAGCGGAGCUCUCGCGCGCGAAGCGCGCCAGCGGAGCACUGUGGGUAAGAAAAUUUGGUAAACUAUCCACCCGAGAAAAUUUGGUUAUGACGUGGCGUACGUCUGCCCGCCCGCCCGCCCACCCGUACACACACUUUAUGUAAGCCGAUGUCAAGUGUCACACUUCUCAGGAGCGAGAAAUAAAUAGCAACGGAGACUAAUUUCGUUGGAAAAAAAACAUGAAAAUUAUAUAGCGGCGGUUAGAAAAAGAGAAAUGCUAGCGGCUACUAAUGUGAAAAAGGAGCGGCAGUGAAAAAGCAGACUGAACAGGAACACAAACAUUUCCUCCAUAAAACGCGUAAAUAGGAAGCUAAAAGAAGUUUCAUGUUAAAACAAAGGUAAGGAAAUGUACAAAAAACUGCUGCACGUACAGAGUUGGUUUUUUGCUAAUUAGAAAAAAAAAGUGUGCUGCACUUGCAAAGUUGUUUUUUUGCUAAUUAGAUCUAUUGUUGUUGUUUUUACCGUUCUUGUUGCUUUCAACUUGUCUUUAGUAUUACUCGAUUCUAUAAUUUCUUUGAGGAAUCUAUAAAUAUUAAAGAGAGCUUCGCUUUUAGCCGUGGCUAAAUCUAUAUAUUAUAUUCAUACGUUAUUACGUAGUGUGUAUAAAUCGGUACGAGACAAGCAUAACCACAAGGGUCAAAACCAUGGCACUCGUCACGGAACCCCGCUUUUCCACCACUAUCUGAUUUUGGACUGGAUUCCUGUUAUAAAUUCUUUGGCACCAACAGCAGUAUCGACAAAAUUUGAUACUUUUGCGCCUGCGUGUCUUAUCUUUUGUUUAUACUUAUUUUUAUCACACGUAUGGACAUCCUUGUGCUUUAGUUUCUUUGCACCAUUUCUUUCUUUUCGUAGCUUCCCUUACAUUUUAUUGUACGUGCAGCUCCUUUGUCAAGCAGGAUUAACUAACACACUUUUAUUUCGUUUAACACAAGGCAACGGCCCAAAAAUGGAGGAAAUAUUAGACGCAACUCUGAUGUGCGGAGAGAAAUUUCACGAACGAGAACUUCUGACGUCUUUCUGUAAACAGUGCAAGGUGUGUAUUUGUGAUAAGUGUAGACAAACGCGUCACAAUCAUCACACCACGGUGGAUAUCCACCAAGCCGCGGAAGAGCCCAAAGCUGAUAUCGAGGAAAUUGUAGAGGAAAUGAAAAUAGAAAUUGCUUAUCACACAGAGCGUGUAGAAAAAACAAAAGAAUCCUUGAGAAGAAGCAGAGAGAGGAUAGCCACGGCACGCCAUAAAGUAGUGAAAUGUGUUCAAGAACUUUUUCGACUUUUACAUGAACAUGAAAGAACCGUGUUAACCAGUUUAGACGCCAUUGACGGAAAAGAGCAAAGAGAGCACACAGCACAACUAGACCAUUUCGAAAUUUCUAGGAAUCAAUUACAAAAGCAUGUUGAGUGGUGCGAAGGUAUCUUACAGAGGAAGAGAAGCGCUGAAAUUCUGCAAUCACAUAAUGUUCUUAUGGGGCGGUCUAGACAUCUUCUAAAUGCGGAGAAACUGAACGUUUAUAAGCCAUCGCAUGUCAGAUACGAAAAAUGUAAAGAGCAUGUGGAGAAUGUGAGAAGCGCAGUUCCGGAGUUGGGUCGAGUUGUUGUUAGUAACACAGAUCCUUUGCAGUCUGUGGCUGAAGGAAAAGCAUUGCAUGAAGGAGACGUCGGAAGCGAAGCAACUUUCAAAGUAACGACAAAAGAUGCUGGAGGAGACCAGUGCUACGAUGAAAACGAUAAGAUUUACAUUGCAGUUCGAUCACCCGCAGGAGAAGAAGAAUCCUGCUGCAUGAGUGCACUCAGCGAAAAUGGCGAGUAUAGCUUCACUUACACUCCAAAAUGUGCUGGACAACAUGAAUUCAUUAUUGUGGUUAACGGUGAUCCACUGGCUGGUAGUCCAUGGCGUGGUCAUGUGACUUCACAUCGUUACAAACCGAUGGUUUUCUCUGAUUCAUAUGGCAAAGGGCGAAGACAUUUAAAAUGUCCCUGUUCUGUUGCAGUAAAUGACUAUUAUGUUGCAGUUGCCGACAGGAAAACGGUACAGCUAUUUGACAUAAACGGAACGUACCAGAGAGAAAUUGUAAGUUUUGAGAACAAAGUACCCUCAUCAGUGGCAUUCACCCCGUCAUCUAACAUUGUUGUCGUUGCUUCUAGAAAGAUUUUUUGUUUCAAUACACUAGAAAAAUCCGCUGUAAGAAGAAAAAUCACCAUCAAACACCUAAAAUCACCAGCGCACCUGACAAUUGAACGUACAUGUGAUAGGCGCAUGGUGGUGUGUGACAAGGGUGACGGUACAGUCAAGGUUCUGUCCUCUGAUGGCUCGCAGCUGCUACUCACCAUUAGUGACCCUGACCGUCGCCUUCCGCGCUGUGCAAUGUGUCAUCAGAAUAAGUUUUUUGUUUCAUAUAUUGAUGCAAAUAAUGUUUAUGUGUUCAAUGAUAAUGGCGUGUUUCUGUACAGCAUCGGCUCUUCAGAGACUGGUGACGAACUACUGAAUUCUCCUGUUAGUCUUGCAGUUGACAGGUUUAAUAACCUGGUGGUGUGUGAUCAGAAGGUAGGGCUACAGAUAUUUACUCUUGACGGAAAAUUUUUAAGCAAAAUAGAAGGAGUGCACACUGGGUUUAAUUCACAUAAUUCCGUUGCUGUUUCAAGUGAUGGCCGGCUUUUUGUUACUGAUAAAAAUGAAAACUGUGUGCAUGUUUUCCAGUGAGAAACCGGAAUUUAUUAAAAUAAGGAUCAUCGCCGCGAGAUUGAUAUGAUUUGAGCAACAGCUCUAUACGACUGUAAAGAAAAUUAAUUUGCUAUUUAGCUUACUUGACUGAAAGAGAUGAUACUGUCUGAAUAUUUUGACCUCCUUAUUGAACAGUUAUUUUUGAAUAUAUGUACUGUAAUUUUAGUGGCUUUCUGAUAUAGAAGACCUUUAAGUUCCAUUCUGACGGAAAUAAGACUCAUAUCGCUUCUCCAAUAGUCUUUAAUCAUAAUAUGAUGUUAGUAACAUACUUUAUGGAUAUCGUAAUGCAAGAUCAUCGAUCGCCUGGUUUUCUCGUUAGGUUUACUUUCUCACAACGAUAAUUUAGACUACCGGUAAGUAUAGUAUUACACAAAUAACAACAAUAACAGCUCAACUCAUGCUUUUCGGCGUAGCCAUGCUUUGAAUGUCACAUGUCACAAUCUUAUCGCGAGUUGGUAGGAUGAGGCUGAGCAGGGGCGACGCAAGUUCCCACCCAACCAACCCCGCCCAAGUCGGUUUGUCCCAAGGAUUGUCUCAGUUACAUGAAAUUAGGAGCAAAUAUUUCUUUUAGCGAGUCUAAGGAGGCAAUGCAUUAUUUCAUGUUUCACUGAUACAAGACUAGCUCAGUUUUUUCCCAAAACGUCCUAAGAGAAUCUAAGUAAAGUGACAUCUAAUGUCGAAUUUUUUCAUUUCCAAUACAGUUUUUAAUUAUUUUUAGUACAUAAAAGAAUCGAAUAAAGAAAGGGUCCUAACAGGCCUUUAUUUUCUUGCCACAUUGCUGGUGUGAGACAGAUAUAAUUAAAAACCUCUCGGUUACGGCGUGACGGCGGCGACGGGAGGAAGUUGAGUAGAGGAAAUUUAGGAAGAUGGUUGAGAUUGAGACGUCCUGCUACGAACCAAGAGCUUUACAAGGACGUGGGUAAUUGAUUUAUGAAAUCAUGUGUCUACAAACUUUUUAAGUUUCAUUUGAUUCCUGGUUGACAAUAGGGUUACGGCAAGAGAGAAUAAAGGGAACUCCAGAAGCGAAAAUCCGUAAAUAACAAUGACCGAGACCAGGUUUUAUGAGCCCGCGAGACUGAGCACCCUACCCAAACCCUUGUUUUCACUAAAACCACUGGACGUCAACCUGGUUGAGGUCAUUGUUAUCCGUGAAGGUCUUCCCGCAGUGGCGUACCUAUGGCGCGUUAUCAGGGUCAAAAUAAAAGAGGUACACCCUUCUUUAUGAAUUUAAAAUCAUAUGUUCCCCGUCAUUUAAUUCUGCAAACUUAAGUAAUUUUCCAGUUUGAAUUGUAAAGUUACAAUCGGGCAGCAUUACACCAUAGAAAUAUCGGCAACACUCCGUCAUUACUCCUAAAAUAAAAUGUUCCCCUGGCAUAUCAUUCUGCUAAGAAAAAAGUCUCUUCUUGUUCUGGGCCCAGUUGUUCGAAGGCCGAUCAGCUCUUAACCCGGGUUUCAUUUUCUUGUGUUCAAAAGCAUUUUCUUGGAUAAUUUUCUGAGCUAUUUUUAGAGCUAACAAAAUCAUCAACUUGUAGACACAAAGAAUUAAAACUGAAAUGCUUUUUAAGCUUUCAAAUCUGAAUUCAAAUCUCGCACUAACCCUGGGUUAUCUUAACCCAGCUUUGAACAACUCGGCCCUGAAUUGUAAAUAAAAGCAUUACUUAAACAUUAAUGAAGAAAAGAAAUCUUAAAUACCCUCUGCGACCAAAAUGAAAAACAACAAGUAAACAGAAACGCAGUAGAUACUCCUGCUCUCGUGCUUGUUGAAUUUGUGUAGAUUUUUAUCGAUUGACUACCCCGGGCUUAUAGAUGUGUCCGUUAAGCGGUUUGUAAUUUAUUACUGGCUCAGGAAGGCUGGGCAAGGGGGACCGUAAUACAGCUGUUGAGUGGCUUUUUUUUUUUGAAAACAGUAAUUUACCAUCCCCUAGCAACAUAAGCAAAGUGAAAGGAAGUUCAGAUUAUUAAUUCUCUAGAAACUUCCUCUUCCCCUCCACCACCCUCUCAGUUUUCUGUUUUUUCUCAACAGUGCACUCGAUUAUUCUAAGAAAUAGCGUGACUUUGCACAUUUCUAACUAAAAGCACUUCGUGGUGUUUUGUAGCUGACUCAUUUCAUGAGCUAAAAUUUACUGUUCUCCAAAGCGAAUCAUCUCAAAUUGAUCACCCAGAUGACAUCUGGCUGAAAAACUGUCGCUCAAAAAAAGGCCUUAAAAACAGUGCCUACGUAGGAGGUCUGAAAUGCAGUCAGAAUACAAAGAAAAACAAGAAGACGCUAAAGGUGAGGUUCAAAGCGAUAUUCAAUGUACAUUUUGCUAAUUUAGUAAGCAAAGAACAUUUCUCCAUACAACGUCUUAUAAUUUUCUUGCUGUAUGAAUAAUUAAUUAGCUAAGUAGGAUAAUGUUGCUCAGGGCUCUCAUAGUGAGCUUGGGCUACCUGUGGUUCGGCAUGUGUGAAAUUCGACGUUAGAACCGGGUUUAAGUCUGCUCGAGGGGUGGUGGUGGUGGUAGGGGUGGGGGGUGUUGGUCGGGUUGGAGUCGGUGACUUACAAUCUGUUUUACCGGUAAGAUUUUAACUAACACCAAGCAGCCGUGCACUUUAAAUAACUAAAACAACUGAUAACUAUAUCGAUUUAGUCUGAUUAUUCAAUAUCACAAAACUAUUACUCAAAUUACUUAUUAGCGAGGCGCAAUGAUUUAACAGCGUCCAGUUGAAGUCCCAGGCGGGGUGGUGGGGGGGGGGUAAUCCGGAUUUCAAGUGACAGGGAUGAUCGAAGGAUUUUGUUGGGUUUAAAAUUUUCGAUUUUGGAAUUUUUGGGGGUAGGAAAAUUUUAGCAAGUAUUUUUUUGGGUAGCUUGAUUCAGUAAAGUAGGGAUUUUUGUGGAUAUUCAAACGGUAAUCUGGAGAUUCGUGAUAGUUCGCGUGUAUCCCGGCUGCGCAGUAGUUCCUCUGGAAAUUUUUAUGGCUUACAAAUUCGGCAUGGGAUUUUUUGGGGGUUAAAUUUUGGUCCAGGGGAUUUUGUUUGCAGCCCUAGGGAUUUUUUUGGGUUUUUAUUUUUGCCCCCAUUCGAUCAUCCCUGUCACAUGAAGUCCGAGUACACCCUCUAGGGUUAAAAUAUCACGUUUCAGUUCCUCCUUUUGGUUUUAAAGUUGUACGGCUAUCAUCCCUUAAAGGAGGGUGAGUCCUAAACGAAACCAAACGAAAAUCCCUGAAAGAAUAAUAAAACUGAUUCGACUAGAAAUGUUCUUCUGAAUUUUUUUUUGAAAUGUUUUUCUAGGCUGGACAUGGAUUAAGCACUUCGUUUUUAUGGCUUCUGCGUUAGCGACACCUGCAACUUCAUCUUCAAAAGAGACAACUAAUUAUGCCAGGCUAUGCCGUGUUCUUGUCGAUGUGGGCACUUGUGCCCUCAGGGAUUCCUUUGAUGCAAUCUGUACACCACCAACCUUACACGACUUCUUAGCAGCCAAUCAACCCACACUGCAGUCUCUAAGGUUACGAAGGAUCAUCAAUGCAACGCAAUGGGGAAAACUCUUUCCCGCAAUCCCUGCCUCUGUAUCAUCAAGAGAUUUUGACAUCACCUUACUCAUGAUUCUCUUGAGAAACGUAUGUGGUCUAGCUCCCCCACUUACUGGCUGGGACUCCCUUCCUGCGGCCACAGACUUCAGCCAUGAAGCAGACAUUGGGCGAAUCAAAUACCUCAGAAAUACAGUGUACGCUUACGCUGAACACGCUUCUGUUGAUGGUGCAAGAUUCGACAAACAUUGGAAAGACAUCCGGGACACUCUGGUGCGAAUAGGAGGAGUUACGUACGAGGUAAAAGAUUAUUAGAAAAUGUUCGGUAUGAUUUUACAUUCCUGCAUUUAGUGCCCUGCAAUUUUUGGUGUUGAAUCCACCUGCAAACCAGGGAAUGAUUAUGUGAUAUCUUCUACUCGCAGGCCGCUAUUGACAACCUGCAGUUUUGCUGUAUGGAUCCCGAUAUGGAGUACCACUACAAAGAACUUCUUCGUCAGUGGAAAAAUGAUGAAGAUAACAUAAAAGAUGAAUUGAAAGAAAUAGGCGCUAACGUAAAAAAAAUUAGCACAGACAUAAAAGAAGCCGUAAAAGAAAUUAGCACUGACGUAAAAGACCUCGCAAAGAAGCGUGGUGACUGAGUGGUACCAAAUACGAUUCCUGCCAGGGAGGCGAAUGCUGAAGGUAAAUACAAACAGACCUAAUACAACUAUUAAACGAACCCCAAGGCCUGAAAGUUAGCGCGCAAGACAUCAGCAACUCUCGCCAUUUAAAAUUAGUUUGAAACAAGAAACAAAGUUGACUUUGGGCAAAACACCCUCUUGACGGGAGGGUGAGCACGCCAUACCGAUGCUCACAGCCAAUGAAAGGGUAUAAAAUGUUGUCCUUUCAAACUCCUUCUCACUGUGCCAGAAAGAAAAGAAAGAAAAACGAGAAAUUGAACAACAUUCCUGUCCCAGUAUAUAGGCCUGCCAUACACCAAGCCUUUAGGUUUGUUUAAAAGUGGGAGAAAGACGCAAGCAUAAAAACCGGUGUGCAAGUUGUGAGAGCGAUGUAGACAUAAUUAUUUUGUGAUUAUCAACUGCGUCGUUCGGACACGAAGCAGGCAGCGUAAAAAACAUAGCACUCGUCACGGAAUCUCGCUUUUCGGCGAUCUGACGUUGGAUUCAAGUAACAUUUAAAUUCUUUGGCGCCAUCAUUAUACAUUGAUACCUCUGCCCCUGCCUGUCUCAUCUUAUGGUAAUUCUUUUUUUUUUGUCGGGACCAAGCCCGUACGUGAACCCUGUAAACCCCUUAACAGUGAAAACAUGCCAUGAUACAACCUCGCGAAAAGCAAAAAGUGCAUAACAUUCAUUCCCUUUUGUCCUAUAGAAUUAUCGUACAUGAAGCUCCUUCCAUCAAGAAGGCUAACCUCAUGUUUUUUGGUUUUUCAUAAGGUAAUGGCACAAAACUGGAGGAGAUAUUGGACACUGGUUUGGUCUGUGGAGAGAGAUUUCACGAGAAUAAACUUUUCACAUCUUUCUGUGAACAGUGCAAAGUGUGCAUUUGUGAAAAGUGUAAACAGACACGUCACAAUCAUCACCCAACUGUGGAUAUCCACCGAGCCGCAGAGCAACAUAAAGUCGAUAUCGAGGGGAUUGUGCAGGAAAUGAAAAGUAAAAUUGCUGACUACACGGAGCAUGUGAAAAGGACAAAGACAUCCUUGAAAAGAAGCCGAGAGAGGAUUGCUACAGCACGUAAUAAAGUUAUGACAUUUGUUGAGGAACUUAAGCGACUUUUGCAAGAACAUGAGAAAGCUAUGAUAGCUAGUUUAGAUAUCAUAGAAGGAAAAGAACACAGAGAGCAUGCAGCACAACUGGAACAUUUUUUCUAUUAACCAGUUACAAACACAUGUCGAGUGGUGCGAGGACAUGUUACUGAGAAAGAAAAGCGUUGAGAUUCUUCAAACUCAAAAUGCUCUGAUUGGGCGGUGCAAAGGUCUUCUAAAUGCAGAGAAACUAAACAUUUAUAAACCAUCACAUGUCAGAUACGAGAUAAAUAAAGAGCAUGUGGAAAAUGUGAGAAGUGAACUUUCAGUGGUGGGUCGAGUUGUUAUAAGUAGUAGAGAUACUUUGCAGUCGGUGGCUGAAGGAACAGGGUUGCAAGAAGGAGACGUCGGAAGUGAAGCAAUAAUCAAAGUAAAGACUAAAGAUUCUGAUGGAAAACAGUGCUGUGAUGAAAACGAUCAGAUUUUUCUGAAAAUUCAGUCACCUUCAGAAAUGGAACUGAGCCACACGAUUGCACACAACAAAGACGGCGAAUAUAGCAUCACUUACACACCAGACUGUGUUGGACAACAUAAAGUAUCGAUUGAGGUUAACGGUGAGCCACUGACUGGUAGUCCAUGGCGGGUUCAAGUGACUCCACAUUGUUACAAAUAUUUGUUUUCCUUUCACACAGCUUACUACUCCUCGUUCUGUCGCUGUUUCAAGCACUGGCCAGCUGUUUGUUACUGAUGUAAACAAACGGUGUGUGCAUGUUUACCAGUAAGAAACGAGUUUUCCAAAUAAUCGAUAACUACCGCAAUUUGACGGUAUUGACUAUUUCUCAGUUCCGUAUUAAAAUUUCAUUUCACCCCUUCCUGUCAGCGAUGACUGCUGUUGUAACCCUUAAAUUAAACCCCUUAGGAUGUUCUUGUACAUACUGAUGUGUAUUUUUUCAUGCUUUCUAUAAUGACAAUAGGGAUUUUUCCCUCAACUUUGAUUCCGAUAUUCUCAAUGUACUUACUAUGCAAGCACAUUUUAAAAAAGCCCCCUUCCUCCCACCCCCAACGGUGGGGGAGAGCUGUGCUUGUAAUAAACCUGAAGUUAUAAUACUCCUCAACCAAAACAAGCGUGCUCCAAAUACAACAUUCCUCCCUCUAUAAGCCAUUUACCAAAACAAGCACACUUCAAAUGUAACAUUCCUCGUUCUCUGUAUAAGCCAUAAACCAGAAGAAGCGCGCUUCAAAUGUAACAAUCCUCGUUCCUUAAGCCCGCGGGGGAGGGGGGGGGGGUAUUUCCUUAUAAGAGGCUAAUGGGGAUGUGCCGCUGGAUGGGGUCGCAUCUUCACGACUAGGUUGACUAUAAUGGGGUCGCAUUAUGGACUGCUGUCAGUCCGCCUUUUCUCUUAAAAUCCGUCUAGUUCUUGAUCUCAUCCAGUGCGAUUGCAAACCACGAUGUUUUAUAUAGGGAUCGACGCUCGCGUGCCUAGGUUUUGCGUGUAGUAACUUUGCAAAGAAAAACAAGAGACUGCUCGCAUUCUAGGGUCGCAUUUUCAACAGAGUUACUAGAUUUCCCGAUUUUGGGGGGUAAGACAGUUCUUCAUAUUUACGGUUAGCAAACGAACCAGAAUGUUUGUACCGCAGAUGAAAAUUAAAGUGUUCUUCGUUCAAUGUAAAAAAACGGGUCAAUUCAUUAAAAAAAUAGAAAGUGACUAAGUUGGGAUCGCGAAAAUUACAUAUUUGCCCAAAAGUGACUAAGAUAGGAUCUAUAAUCGGCCACGGAAUAGACCUCAAUGGGGUAGGGGCUCUGAGAGGCCAGCGGCACAUACCCAGCAAAAAUUAACCCAAGUACCCCCCCCCUCCCCUCCGGGUCUAUAAGCCAUAAACUACAUGGCCUCCCGCGCAGACGUUCUUAUGGGUUCGUCACGCGUUGGCAGUGCCCCAAGAGUUAAAAACUUUUUAACUCUAAAAUGCAGCCACCAACUUUUACGUGAUUUUUUGGCGCUUGCACUGGUUUCGCCGGGCGACUCGAGAUUGGCUCACUGAGUGAACAAUAGCCCUCGAGCAAAUUUAUUUCCAGCAGGGGAAGCUAACUUUGGUCAAGCUAUGCAUGACCAUGUAUCGGUCCCUAGAAAGGUCAGCCCAGGGCACCCGGGAUGGAUUUGAUUUGUACAGUGCCCAGGUCUCAUUUGCUUGGGUGCGCGUUGAUCUGGCCCAGCCACUUCGGCGCGACGACUUUCGGCCUUUUUGGAUUAUAUCCUUGGUGUUUGUAAAAGUCUACUGGAUUCGUUUCUCUAGCUGGGAAAGCUUCAUUGGUUUUUAUAUCUGAUGCUGUCCUAUUUCUACGAUCCUAGCGUGUUUAUUUACCGAUGGAGUUCGAAUUUCGUGGAAAAAGUUAUGUUGGAAAGGGUGCAUGGCGGCUGAGAUGCCAUCUCGUGCCUCCCAUAAGCUAUAAGCCUUAUAAGGUUAUCUUUGAUGUCUUAACAUUGUUUUCUUCUAACAGUAUUACAAGAACUUUAAUCCCGUGCACGGAAUCGAAUGAACCAAUUUAAACUUUUAAACUGAAUUUGGGAGGCCACUGGUUUACUUAAACCACGCCCUAAUUUAGACUUUGUUUAAAUAAUCGACAAAAAGUCUUCCUUAGAGUUGCUUUGAUGUUCAUUAAGAAGGUUUUUAAACUUUGUUAGUUAUAAUUGGAAGAGGCUGAGCGGAUGUAAAGAAUUAUGCAAGAGGGAUUUCAAAUCUAGCUGUAACAGCACCCGUGUGCCUCAGUUUUGUUUCGUAGUAUUUUUAGCUAUUUCUUUAUUGCAGCCGCUUUUACGUCACAAAGUUUUUUCGCUAGCUGUCACGUGGCCUUAGCUUAAAUAUCCCAGCACCUGCGUACCUUUUUUUCUGAGGCUCACAGAAAUUCGACGGGUAACCAUCCCAGGACACACCUUUAUUGCGGUUGAACUCAGAACCUACUUGAGCGUUCGCCCCAACACGUCCUACGACGGGAUCACUGUAAGAGUUGGCACAAUAAACCCCUAAGCGUUAUGGAAUCUGUGAGUCAUUUAGCCGUUUUCUUAGUUUCACGGAUCUCUUCUCCGCCGGAGCUGACGCCACUACAGUAGCAGACGUUCUCUAAAUAAGGGAUGUCAUCCGUCUGAGGGGAUUUUAAUGAGGUUAACCUUCAUGAUCAGCCGUCGAACGGUCUAAAAUUUAACCGUAAGCCGUCGAAAAAGGUAAAAUUUUUCUCAACCGUCAAAAAUGGAAAUAACAAGACCUUACAACUAUUUCCAAGUUUUAUGAGUGAAAGGCCAAGAAAACCUCCAAAACACACAGUUAAUAUUAAUUCGAACAGAAGUUAAAUGUUUGAUUAAAUCAUUGGACUAAAUUCCCAGAAGCGUUAAUGAAAUGUUAAUGAUUUUAGUUUAAAGACAGCUUAGAUUUUUCAGUGUUUUCAAAACUUUGUGUUCAUAAUAAACUAGAUUAUUUCUAGUAAAACGCUUGAAAUACCAAUUGUUGUCUCAAUUGAUAAGCAUUGUAAUUGACUUGAUUCCCUCUCUUGGAGCGUGACCACAAUGAACCCUAGUAGCACUCGGCGCGUUCUAAACCAGGCUACUUUAUCAUCAUCACCAUCAUAAUAAUAAUAAUAAUAAUAAUAAUAAUAAUAAUAAUAAUAAUAAUAAUGAUUUAUUAACAGAUGCACUGGGUGCCGCUCUUCCCUUUUAAAUUACAUUAAUUACAAUUACAAAAUAAAUCAAAUUAAGUUAUUUCAAAUUAUACAGUGGAAGCAGGAUUAACCGAAUCCAAUUACAGUAAAACUGACUAAUCGCUCUGUACUCUGUUUCUUAAAAAAUUCCUUGAAAGUCUUAAAAAGGUUCUGUAAUCUUUACAGUUUCUAAUAGUUUCUGGUAGAUCAUUAAACAGCUUCGACGCAUUAUCUUGCAAAGUGCGGUUUUCGGUCGGAACCACUAAUCUAAUUGAAUUGCUUGAGCGCAGUUCCUUGGGGCAUUCCUGUUUUAUUAUUUUAAGAUAAUCUGACCAAGUCUCAGUGUUUCCAACGCUUUAAAGCAUGAUUGCAGGAGGUUUAAAUCUCUUCUCUCAUUGAUUGGAAGCCAUCCGAUUUUAACUACAUCCCGAAAGUUCUUAACAUAGUGACCGAGUACAAAACUUGCGGCAGCAAAUUGAACCCAUUGCAAACGGCGAAGUAACAAUUGUGGUCGAGGGUAAAAAACCAGAUCGCCAUAAUCUAGUUUUGACAAAUAUUAAAAAUAUCUAUUUUUUAAUUUUUUUUUUAUUAUUAUUUCUAUGGCAAACAAAUGUACUAUGUCCGCGACCUUUUUGUUUCCAUUGUGUAGGAUACAAACAACAAUUUGCUUAAAAGACGUUAAACGCGUCAUAGCCUGCGUAGCAGGGGUAAAACGGAGAGGAAAAGGGGGAGAAGAACGUUCUCUCCCCAAUCCCUCUCCCAUUCUUCCUGCCUCCCCUCUCAAGAUUUAAAGCCUUUUCUUACUAUUCUUAUUGCUCUUGUAAAGCACUUUUGAUAUGACUCUAGGAUACUGGCGUUACAUAAUGUUUUAUUAUUAUUAUAAUGAUUGGUUUGAACCCAAGAGUCAUUUCAUAAGUAGGUCGAGUAUGAUUGUCUGGGUGAACGUGGUCUUGAAUAGGACUGUUGUUGUUGACAGUGACUGACUUUUCGACAACCUGUGCGUAGUCAUCUUUAGAGUCAAAGUGAGUUGUAUCACGUCAGUUGAUAGUCUAUACGCGAAUGUUGCAAAUUCAUUUACCUUUGAAUCUAGUGCAUGGUUCUAAGCUAACUUGAGCGCGACUCUAGCGCGACUUGGUUUCAGACGUAGAAUUUAACUCAGCCAAAUAAAAUAACUGUUGCGGAAAAUAAAACUUAAAUGUGAAAAGAGGUUUAGUGAACUUUUAAAAUGUAUUCUAAUGUAUUAUAAUUUAUGAAUUGAGUUCGGCACGGCAGUAUAGCAGCACUGUGAUGUUUCAAACAGGCCUCACGUUAUCACGUGAGUUCUGUAAAGCGUGAACAAACUAGUUUGCAAUCACUGGCACUGCGAUUGGGCAAUAAGAAAUUCGUAAGUUUCACUAUUUUCCAAAAAUAACGUGUUAAAUAAUUAUUUGAUUACAAAGACUGGUAAUAGUCGUAACAUUUAGGUUGGUAAAGCUUUAACUUUUAUCAGUUUACUAGCGUCAAGGAAACAAACUGUUGCGAUACCAUCAAGAGCAUUAAUUCAGACACUUCAGGCUUAAAUUAGGUAUGUGCCUAUUGCAUAGUCCGAAAUGUAACCUGGACAUGGUUUCUGUUUUAACGUGUUCUAUGUUAAACUGUAUGAUUCACAGAAAAUCUUGAGUGUGAGUCAGUCAUGCAGUCUAUUUGACUUGUUUGUGCCAAACCAAGAGGGUGUGCCGCAUGAGAAUUUUACAAUACAGAGAAUCUACACAGAGAUAACAUCUUUUCUGUUUGCCUUUUGAACGUAUUUGACGAAAAAUGCUUUAAUUUUAUCACAAAGUAAUUUAUAUCAAGGCAUGUGUUCUAAACAAGGCCCAACUCUGCGCGAGCUCUGCUUGCAUUUCCGGUCACGUACUUUCCGAAAAGGAACAGAAUUAAAAUAUAAACAAACAACUGUGUUAGAUAAAUCUGGCCACGGUUGUGGCAGGUUUAAUGAAAUCAAAGCUAACAUAAUCACAACACAUCGAUAUAUGUAAACCGAUUAACCUACUGAAUAAAAAAUGGGGCGACAAAAAUCCGCCACAAACUACAAAACAAAAUAUUUAAUACCGUGAACAAUAAUAACCCGCAGGCAGGUGAAGGGGGAGGAGGAGGGAAAGAUUUUGCUCGAGAUCUGACCGAGUUGAUGACGAGGGAGAGAAGGAAGAAUUACUGGGAAAAUAUCUCGAUAUACCUACUUAACCCUGACACCGCCCUAUAACCUAAUUGGCUAGAUUUGCAGUACCUGGUACAGCCUGACCUAGCGAGUUAUCAUAUCAUGUGAGUAUCAUGCCUUGCCAUAAAUUACAUUAUGUCUGCCAUAAUGUCUAGUUAUUCAUUAAAAUGUAGUUUGAUAAAAAUUCUUUUAAGAAUUUUUAUGGCGCAACAUUAUAUUGUAUUAUUCUAAAGUUGGAACAUGAAGAAAGCUUUCAGUUUCCAUUCUCCGCUUCAUCGAUCACAUCGACUUCAGGUUGUUUCGAUUCUACGACCAACAUUUGCGUCCAAGGUUUGCUUUUAGUUGGUAACACAUGCAAACCUUUCUUAGUCUUUUCCGUGAAGUGCUUGCUCGGUAUUUCUACUUACCUAAAGGCAAUGAUUUCAGCUUCUAACAGCUGUGGCCAAAGUUGAUAAUGAGGCAAGCUCUAAUGAACUCACGGUUCUUGCACAUUAAGUUGUUUGAUUUCAAAGAAUCUGUUUGGCAUUUAGCUACUACUAAGUAUCAUUUCGUUGAUGUGAUAUCAAAGUGAGUCUGCACUACCUUAUCGUUAACGUAUCAGUUUGAGGCCUUUUGCCAUGACAAUCUUACGAGCUUCGAGUUCACUACCUUGUUAACGUAAACGCUUUUCUCUGGGUCUUAUUUGUAAUUUAAAUUCUUGCAUGACAGACAUUUUAGACAAAACAAGCUGAUAGACACAGCAAACAGCUAACUUGAACUUGCAAUGCCUUAGUAACCGUAAAGUGUUCAUUAGAAGCCAGAAUACUGCGUAUUAAAAAAAGACCGACCUUAUAAUAUUCUCAGUUUCCUAGGUUGUAACGUUGAAUCAAAUGAGUCUGACAAGUCACGUGACUGCGAAAAUCCAUCAUUCAAAAUGAAACUGAUAUCCUUUUAUGAAAAGAGCUGGGCCUAUAAAGUUUUAAGUCAAAAGAUUUUAAUCCUCUUUGAGUCAGACUACCCCCUACAAAUUUCCUGAGACCCUUUCUUCAAUUCACCCGAGACGUUCCAUUUCAAGGUCGCUAUUGACAACCUGGAAGUUUGCUGCAUGGAUCCCGAUAUGGAGCACCAUUACAAAGAACUCCUUCAUCAGUGGAAAAAGGAUGAAGACAACAUAAAAGAUGAGUUAAAAGAAAUUAGCACUGAAGUAAAAGAAGUUAGCACUGACGUAAAAGAAAUGAAGGAGCUAACAAAGAAGCUUGACAGCUUGGUGGCAUCAACUCUUACUCCUGAGGUGCAAUUAAGCAAUGAAGGUGGGUAUAUAUAUAGAGGCGAUCAGAGACUUUAUUAAUCAACUAUUGUGUAUUCAGAAACGACCACUAUGAGAAAAACGUAACCGUCCAAAACAACAGCUUUUGAAAUUAAAUGACAAAGUCGACUUUUUGACAAAUCACGUCUGACAGGAUCGUGAACAAUGGUUAUCCCGGCUUUCACAGCCAAUGAAGGGGCUUGAUUAAUAAAAGGUGGUCCUUUUAUCUCCUCAACCCAGUAGGGAAGAAAGAAAGGCAAGGGACUGACCAACAUUCCUCGUCGGCUCGGUAGGCCUUCAAAAAACAAGCCCCGAGUUUUGUUUAAACAUAAUGAAUCAGGCGUAAAUACAAAAACUCUAAGUGGGAUGCAAGCAAGACGCCUAGUUUUUUUGUUGUUGUUUUUUUGUUGUUUUUUUUUUCCACAGCUUUAUUGGGUGCUCCUCUUGUAAUAUACAAUAUAAAUUUAUAAUACAACACACAAAAAAAAGGAAAAGAAAAGAAGCAAAAACCCAAAAGGGGUAGGUGCAACGGCACUAACGUCCCAUGCGAGGCACCGCCCCUAGGUUAAAAUAAAAUAAAAUGAAUACUCAAACAUUCGUACAAAUAAUAAAAUAAAUUACGAGUGGCAUGGGCACGUAGGGACUAGUGCCACGUGUAGGGGUAAUUGAUUUCAUAUACCCGCGACAGGUGAGUGCUCAUUAAUUUGCGAACAAACAGUUGAAAGGCAGUAGGCAAGGAAAAACUGGUUGGGGGUGCUAGCUUACAAACAUAGUUCCCUAGUUGAACUAUACGGUUAAAGUACGAAGCCUGAAAAGUUGAUGUUUUGCAAAAAGGGCUGCGAAGAUUAAAGGAGUUACUUAGUCUUGUACGAUCAUGGGAAACAAAAGAUACAUAAUUCCGAACAUCUAAAUCGGUACUACAGUAAAGGCAUUUAUAAAAAAAGAUCAAAUCUUUAAGUUCACGAUCCAGAGAAAGUGGAAGUAAGUCUAGCAAAGUUAGCCGCUCUUUGUACGACGACUCGUCUCUGCGCGUGCGUUAAAUCCACCUGCUUGCACGUCUCUGCACCUGUUCCACCUUAGCAUUCAGAGUAAAGUAAGCGGGCGACCAGACUUGGGUGGCGUAACACAGCUGUGACUUGACCAAAGACAAAUAAAGUGUGCGCCUAACAGAGACGCCAGUAAGCAGGGGACACGUCCGUUCAAGCAAACCAAGAAGCUCGUUUGCUUUCGCAGUGAUAGUGUGGAUGUGUGAGUCCCAAAAGAGCGUAUUAGUUAUGAUGAUGCCAAGAUCUUUUUCUUCUGAAACGCGUGUUAGGGCUGUGCCAUCAAGGGUGUAGUCAAAAGCAAUCGGAGUCUUUUUCCUAGUCACAGUUAGUAUUUUACAUUUGGACUCAUUAAAUCUAAUAUUUUUGCGCUGCGACCAGACGUGCAUAUUAGAGAGAGUGUCUUGUAUGAGGUCACAGUGUUCUGCAGACGAAACAUUUCGGUAUAGCUUGGUGUCGUCGUCGUAGAGUUCAACCUUCACGCCAUAAGCAGCUUCGUCCGGCAGAUCUUAGGCAGAUUUUAGGCCCCUUGUUGUUCACUUUGUUCAUAAAUGAUUAUAUUAACUUAACUUUAUCAAUAAAGUUAAUAAAGUUAAGUUAAUAUAAUCAUUUAUGAACAAAGUGAACAACAAGGGGCCUGAAAUGCUCCCCUGCGGAACGCCAGAGGUUACAGGAGACCAAUAAGAAGCCGCAUUCUCAAGAACCACCCUUUGUGUACGCUCAGUUAGGUAGUCCUUGAACCAGCAGAACAGUUGACCUUUUACACCGUAAAGCCUCAGCUUUGUCAGAAGAGCGCUGUGAUCGACAGUGUCAAAGGCCUUAGCAAAGUCCAGGUAAAUCAUAUCUGACUCAAUGUUAUUAUCCAAGGACUGACCAGCUGUGUGUAGGACUGACAAAAGCUGAGUAACACAAGAACGAUUUGGGAGGAAUCCAUGCUGCAGUGCACUUAUCAAGUCUUUCAAAUGAUCGUAAAAUCGAUUGCCCACGCAGCGCUCCAGAACUUUGCUAACAAUUGGGAGUAAGGAUAUAGGGCGAUAAUUUUUUGCAUCCUCUUUAGAAUCUUUUUUGUGGGUAGGUGUAACAUCUGUUGAUUUCCAAUCACGAGGAAUUUGACCUAUGUUUAGAGAGUGAUUAAAAAGGGAACACAAGCUGGGUGCUAUUUGCUCGCUGCACUUCUUCAGCAGGCGAGCUGGAAUUUUGUCUGGACCGGACGCUUUUGAUGUGUCUAGCUCACUCAAGCGUUCCAUUACUUCGGUGAUUGUCAGUUGAGUCGUUCAUUUUUAUACUUACGGCAAACCAGCAGAUUCAAGUACGAGCUCAAUCCCGAGAAAAUUGUUCGAUUUUCUGGAUUUUCAGUUUCUUGUCCUUGUGAUUAUAUAUUCCUGCGUUAUAACAUAGAACGUAUAAACAGGGACGGCGUAAGUAUAAGCAGCAGCAUCAAAAACGUGACACUCGUUACAGAACCCCGUUUUUCUGACCAUAUUGGUUUUUUUGGCAAUUUUUUAAGGAAGGGCAACAUAUACAAUCGCCAAUUUUGAUACUUUUUUACGCGCAUAAAUUUAAUGUUCAGCUUAUGCACCGUCUUACUGUUGAAAGAGCCAUUGGUGGGGUAAGGUUGCCCUAUUGGCUAGCCUGAGUUAGGUCGGAUCCCACUUCUGUUGCCCUACUGGCUGGCUUGAGUUAGGUCGGAUCCCACUUUUGAACUUUGUUAAGGUUGCGUUCUAUUUAGCCAAACAUUUUUACGGAUUUAUACAAUCCAGAUUGUUUGGAUUUUCGUGCUAGCCGGAACAAGAUUAAUCCCUACAGUAGCUGCCGUGCUGCUCUGAUUUUCUUCUCAGUUCCACACAUCGUAUUGUAUUUCUUUCCGCUAAAUUUAAAGCGUCCUGUGGUAGAUGAAUGGAAAGUAAAGUAGCUCUUUAACUAGUGGUGGUACAUACCGGGACCUGUCAACUUUAAAUUCUCUGGAAUUAACUCUCCACCAGUGAAAACUCACAGGACACUAAGCUUCCCAGUUAUUGCACAUGCUGCUCCACCGUUAACUUUGAUUAUUAUUCAUUCAAAAUAUUUCCCCGAUUCUGAUUAGCUAAAGCACGCGCAUGAUUCACCAUAACCAGCUACUGAUGACCAAAUUUGGAAGAAUUUUGCGUUUAAUGAAGCUUUUUUGCAGGUUAAUGCACUGUUAACCGAGAAGACCUGGGGACGAGGUUGAGUUGUUUUGGUUGUGAGAACAAAAAUGGCGGACAUUUCACUCGUUUCGAGAGUAAGAACUAGGCGAGAUAAUAGCUAAAAACGUGGCAAGGUCAGCAAGAAGACAACUCGACGGGCGACAUCUGCUAUUUGGGGAAUAUUUGCGGAGCUGAACAAAAGCUAAACGUGCGCUAUCGAAGAUGAACUAAACAUCCAUGGAUCAUGUUUUAGCCAUGUUUUUAAAAUAGGAAUUAAUUCGAAUGAAUGAUAAAACAAUUAUUGAAUUUAGCUUUUGUAUCAUAUGAAGAAUUAUGCAAUGGAGAUCUCGAAGGGUGUUAUCCGCCUCGGCCUACGGCCUCAACGGAUAACACCCUCCUCGAUUUCCAUAAUUCUUCAUAAGAUACUCAGCCUCAUUCAUUAAUUGUUAAUUAACUAACUCCAUUUUAUUUCUUUCUGCAUAAGGCAAUGCCACAAACCUGAAAGAGAUGUUGGACACAUCGUUUACGUGCAGAGAGAAAUUUCACGAGAAUGAACUCCUGACCUUAUACUGUAAACAGUGCAAAGUGUGCAUUUGUGACAAGUGUAGACAGACUCGACACAAUCAUCACGCCGCCAUGGAUAUCCACCAAGCCGCAGAACAACGCAAAGUCGACAUCGAAGAGAUGGUACAAGAAAUGAAAAAGAAAAUUGCUGAUUACACGGAGAAUAUGGAGAGAACAAAACAAUCCUUCAGGAAAAGCAGAGAGAGGAUUGCUUCUACACGCAAUAGCGUAAUGACUUCUGUUGCAGAACUCAUGCGACUUUUACAGGAACACGAAAAGUUUGUGAUAGCCAGAUUAGACUUAAGUGAUUCAAAAGUACAGAGAGAGGAAGCAGCACAAUUGCAACAUUUUGAAAUUUGUAGGAAUGAGUUGCAAACACAGGUCGAAUGGUGCGAGGGCAUCUUACAGAAGAAUGAUAGCGUGAAAAUUCUGCAAGCCCACGAUGAUGUAAUUCGGCCAUCCAGAGGUCUUCGAGGCGCAGAGAAACUAAACAUUUACAAACCAUCGCAUUUCAGAUACGAGAUAAAUAAAGAGCAUGAGGAGACUGUGAGAAGUUUAGUUUCGGCGGUGGGUAUAGUAGUUGAGAGUAACACAGAUCCCUUGCAGUGCGUGGCUGAAAGAGGAAUGGGGCUGUGGAAAGGAGAAGUUGGAAUCGGAGCAAUAAUCAAAGUAAAGACAAAAGAUUCGGAAGGAAACCUUUGCUACGAUGAAGAUGACCAGGUUUAUGUGAAAGUUCAGUCACCGGCAGGAAAAGAAGCGAGCUACCGUUUGACUGCUCCUGGCAAAAAUGGUGAAUAUAGCCUCACUUACACACCAGAUUGUGAUGGAGAACAUGAAAUGGAGAUUGCCGUUAACGGUGAGCCACUGUCUGGUAGUCCAUGGUUUCUUGAGGUUGCUCCACAUCAUUACAAACUUUUAUUUUCUUUUGGUUCAUACGGAAGAGGACAAGGACAAUUUAACGAGCCCAGUUCUAUUGUAAUAGAUGAAAAGUCAGGAAAAGUUGCGGUGGCCGACAGGGAAAGGAUACAGCUAUUCAGUUUGGAAGGGACGUAUCUAACAGAAAUAAGACCAAUUGAAUCCACAUCAGUAGCAUUCAACAAGUCAGGUGAACUGAUAGUUAUUGCUUCUAAUAAGAUUUUAUGUUUCGAUGAAAGUUAUAAUCUUGUAAGAAAUGUUAGCAACAAAUACCUAAAGCAACCAGGCCGCCUGACUAUUGCAGGUGAUGGACGCUUGAUGGUGUGUGACUGGGGUGAUAAAACACUGAAGGUCCUAUCACCCGAUGGCUCACAGCUGCUACUCACUAUCAGUGAUCCUGACCGUGAAACUCCAUUUUGUCCUUUGCAUCAUCAGAAUAUGUUUUUUGUUUCCUUUCCUGAUUUCUCAUUUUUCUACAUUAAACGUGAAUUUAACAUAAAGGUAUUUAGCGAGGAUGGUGUGUUUCUACGCCAAAAAUAUUUGGGGAACUGUUCUGGUCACAUUGCAAUUGAUAGAUUCAAUAACCUUGUGGUGUGUGCUGAGGAUAAAGAAAACCUAAAGAUAUUAAAACUUGAUGGAACACUUGUCAACGAAAUAGAGGAAUGUUCUAAGCGUAUUCAUCCUCUUUCUGUUGCUGUGUCAGGCACUGGCCAGCUGUUUGUUACUGAUACGUAUUUCAACUGUGUGCAUGUUUUCCAGUGA